GCCAUUCGCAAAUCCUACCACUACUCUAUCGAUCCCUCAUUCCAUCGCUCCGUCUUGUUUUCCGACGGCGCGUAGUCCAUUCGACUGAUCAGACCCUCGACUAUUACCGGAGUCCGUCUCUUGAUCGCUCGCCCCGUUCACGUUCCCGACCGACCGUUUUCAAACAUUAAACCAACCUCAAUCAAUCAGUCAAAAUGCCAGCCUACGAACUCCGAUCCGGUGGGGAUGUCAAGAACAAGAAGCAAAGUGUGGCCGACCUCAAGUACCGUCGCCUGACGGAGCUCAAUGCCCGUCUAAAGGAGGAUCUCGAUCGUCCCCGCGUCAAGGUCUCCGAGGCCGCCUUGUCUCUGAUCAACUACUGCAACAACACUCGCGACUUUAUGGUACCAUCCGUAUGGGGUCAGGUCGACAAGCGGGAAGACCCAUACGCUCCUCAGCAGCAGGGCGGCUGCUGCACAGUCAUGUAAUGGAACCUAUGACUGUCUAUAAUUUCUAUCGACUCUGAACGCUCAACCCGCCGAUCGAUGGCCGACUG